CAACGCGUUCUUGUCAUGAUUCUCGAUUACACCAUUUGCGGAUUCCCAGCGGGCCUCGACGAGUCUACCACACGCUCCCUCUUCCUGGGGCCAAACGGUGAUGGCACCGGCGGCAUCGCGCAAAAGUACACGCAAUGCUCGUACGGCAAGUUUAACCUUAACACCACAGCAUUCCGUGCGGUUACCGUGCCCCAAACAAGCUGCUCCACAGCCAUCACGGCCACGUGCAGCUGGUGGGCGAUUUCGAAUAACUGUGAUUUAGCGACCAAAGCGUUGAUAGGUAAUGUGGCGUUUUCCAGCUUCACCCACUACAUAUACAUCGUCCCGCCCGGACUUCCAUGCCCCUGGUCGGGGCUGGCACUGCUCCCUGGGAACCAGGUUUGGUUGCAAACCUCUCCCUACGGCGUGUAUCGCUGGGCCACUGUCAUGCAGGAGGCCCUACACAACUACGGUCUCUGGCACUCCUGGGCAAACGGUGUUGAAUACGCGGACAACUCAACUGCCAUGGGCCGUGGAGAAGCUUGUCCUAACGCGGCAGAGAUUUCCCGCAUGGGCUGGUCCUCUCCUGCGACCGGCGGUGAUGCCAUCGACUCCACUGCCCUUCCACAGGCUGGGACCGUGCGCUCGUUCGCUCUACCCGCCACCUAUCUUACCAGCACAGGCAAUUUCUUACGAGUAAUGCCCGACUGGCUGCCAUCCUACUACACUAACCCGGCCAUUGCUAAGAACCUGUACAUUGCCGUACGGGUGGCAAAGGGGCCCGAUGCUGGGCUGCUGGCCCCAUUUGCAUCGACCGUCCACGUGCACGAAGCCAACGCCACGAUGGAUAAUGGAUAUCCAACCCUGUACGCGACUACAGACCGCAAGAUCACCAUCAUCAGCACGAUUCCCUCGCUUGGCCGUGCCAACCUCACCGCCUACAAUCUGGUGGUGUACGGCGGAUCUUGGGCCAGUACGGACACCAUGCGGGUGCACCUGUGCCGCUAUACCACGUCCCCUUCCGAGUGCCCAGGACUCGGAGCUAUCGAGGCUCCACCCCCUAGUCCUCCCCCAUCUCCACGGCCCCCACCCAAUCCGCGGCCCUCACCACCACCCCGGCCCCCACCUCCAGUGAAGUCGCCUCCACCUAGCCCUCCUCCGUCUCCACCUAGCCCCCCACCGCCUCCACCUAGCCCCCCACCGCCUCCACCUAGCCCCCCUCCGCCUCCACCUAGC